AUAUGUGGUAAUACGGUAUAAACAUGGUUUCUGAAAUGUGUAAUAGUAGAAGGGCUACACGUUUCCGCGUGGUUAUGCUGAAAGCGAGCUAGAACACUGUUUAGACAGGUAGCUAAAUUGGUCCAGAUAUAUUAUUUCCCCUAGUCCUUGUUGAUUGUGUGAUUCUGUGCCUGUCGAUUGCCCGCAGGCCACAUCAUGCUGACCCCAGCAUUUGAGCUCAGCCAGGAGGCAGACUUCCUCCUCUUGAGCAUCCGUGUUCCCUACACCCGGACGUCAGAGUUUGAUCUCUACAUCGACGGAGAGGAUUUCAAGUUCUACGCCAAACCGUACUUCCUCAGGUUGACCCUACCUGGAAGAAUAGUGGAGGAUGGGAGAGAAAAGGCCUCAUUUGAUGUUGACAAAGGCCUUUUCACCCUGCGUGUCCCAAAGGAGACCCCCGGCCAGCACUUUGAAGGGCUACAAAUGUUGACCAGUCUUUUAGCCCCCAAGGGAUCCCGAUCAGCCAAACCCCUAGUGGAGGACAUGGAAGCCUGUAGUGGGAAUGUGGAUGGUGAGGAGGAAGAGGAGGAGGAGGAGGAAGAGUUUGACUGGCAGGUCGAUCAGCAGGUGUACGAAGAGAACUCCGAGGAAGAAAUGAACGCUCACCAGAAAUACGGCUUUGGGAAUCUCAGAUCAGGCGUGUUCACCAGACUGCAGGAUGAGCUGAGUGACGUCGUGGACGUGAAGACGCCUGACGGAGCCACGGCAGCCGAGAGGAGACGGGAACGCCUUGCCGCGGAGCUCGCCAAGUUUGACCCAGACCAUUAUCUUGCUGACUUGUUUGAAGAUGAUGCAGUCCAGAACCUGCUUAAGUUCCGUCCAUGGUGGUGUGAAUCAAGCCAAGACCCAGGUUUGACCUUCUCAGAAGAGGAGAAGGACCAGCUGAGGAAGUUCACCAACCGAUCGUACCUGCUGGACAGGAAGUCCCGCCUCCACACGUGGCUCGGCCUGCUGGACAUCAUCCUGGCGUACACGUAUGACGUGCGCACCACCGAGGGCGAGCACAACGUGGAAUCUUCAUGGAACAUCAGGAAACUGAGUGGCACACUCUGCUGGUUAGAGACGUACAGCUCUGUGCAGGAGGUCCUGGUGUCCUUUGGAAGAAGGGUCUUAUGCUACCCGCUGCACAGGCACUUUGGGCUGGUCACCGCCACCAUCAAAGAUGCCGCGCUCAUUUUGCGCUCAGGGAAGGCUUGCGUCCUGAAGUGCCUGUUAGAUAUUCACAAAAUCUUCAGGGAGAACGAUCCUGCCUACAUCCUGAAUGAUCUCUACAUCACCGACUACUGUGUGUGGAUCCAAAGAGUCAAGACGGGGAAAGUGACGGCGCUGGCAGAGCCCUUACGGAAGGCAUCCCUCCAGAAGGCUGACCUGGGGCUGCAGCUGCAGGAGCUGGAGGCGGCCGCGGCGCUGGUGGCGGCGGAGGAGGAGGAGGAGCGGGAGGAAGAGGAGGAGGAGGAGGAGGAGGGCCGGAGGAGAGACGGGGGGGCUCGGUGCUCCCACAGCAGGGAGGAAUCCCCCUCCUCCAGCAGCAGCAGCAGCGACUCCGAGGAGAGCCAGGACUCCGGGGCAGAGGAGCAGGGGGGAGGGGCGUCUGCAGCUGGCGGUCCCCUGGGCCUGGCCCCUGCCCCCGGCCCCGCCCCCGCCCCGGCUCCGUCCCGCCCCCCGGCUCCGGAGGCCCGCCCCCCCUCUCACGCCGCCUCGAGGCAGCUCAUCCAGGAGCUGGGAGAGAGAGUGGAGGCGGAGCUGCGGAUCUGGGAGGCGCCCGAGGGCGAGCAUUCCGGCAGCGGCAGAGAGAGAGAGAGCGGCAGGGGCGAGGGAGAGCGCGCCGGCUCUCCGCACACUACCGCAGUGCAGGCGCACGUACACACCUCCUCCUCAGCCCCUUUCUUAGAGGUGUGUCCUCGCAGAAACCCGCUGCUCAUACUGCCCAUCCCCGAAGACGCGGGCGGCGACGACGGUCGAUUGGAUUGAUCACGACGAGGCUGCGUCUGAGAAGCAGCGACGAAGAGGAAGAGAGCGGAAAGGUGAGGAAGAAAGGAGAGUCUCUCAGCGGAAUGACUUUUCGCACUCAAAGACAGAUAUUUAUCCGACUGAACUUCACACUUGAGGAAAUGGACGCUCAGGACACAAGGGUGUGAAGAACAGGAAAAAUAGACGUUCUGUGGAUUUUGGAGAACGCUCAGCCCUAUCCUGGCUCUUUCUCUUUUAGUUUUUAAUGAGUGCAGAGGACCAUGUAUUAUGUUUUUUGUUUUUUUUUGUACUGCUUCUGGUUUAUUUUGUUGUUGAACAUAUUGUAUACUAAAUGUAAUGUACUAUUAUGUAAAUGUUUAAAUGUUUUAAUUAGCUUUCUGAAGGAGCUGUUUUAUAAAACAUUAAGUCAACAAAAAUUAAAUUAACAAUUGAUUUUGAUAAUAUUUUCUGUCAGGAGUAAGCAAAUUAAAGAAAUAUUGCAUAUGA